ACAUGUGGUGGAACACAAGCUGAAGCCCUUUCUAGAGGCUGCCUCUAUGAUCAUAUUGAGAACCGUUUCACUCGCCCAGAUUGUGUAAAUCCGUUGUUGAAUGACGAAUUUUCAAAGCUUGGGCCAGGAAAGAAUGGAUCAUGGGUUUAUCAGGUCGAUGUGCAUGGCAAUGGGACUCUUACAUCUAUGGAAACUGCGGAGAUGCUCAGAAGCGUUCGACCAGGGUUAAGAGUGUGGCAAACUGGAAGACAACACACGCUUCACUGCCUCUUUGUGUGGCGGCGGAAUGCAUUGAGCCAUUUCGAUGGCACAAUCAUC